UGAUGGCGCAGUUUUGGGGAAAGCAAGGUAUCAUUUGAGGGUGAGGAGGAAUAGAAGGCAAGAGGGAAACCAAAUGUAGAUAGAUAGAGGCAUUUGGCAUCGAACACAGCCGGAAAUAAUACAUCAGAUUUAGGGAUGAAAUUGUUACAGUAAAAGUGUUGCGAUGAGUCACUAGUAAGGUAAUAAUAAUCCCUCAGUAGGAGAUUAAGGAAUUUAGCCUUGGGCCCACAAAUGAUUAAAUACGCCCCAGAUUAAAAUUAUAUCACAGUCCUUAUUGUUUCUUCUUUUGGAGGUGUAUAAAAGCUAUGCUGAGGUGUUGGAAGUACAAAGUUUUACGCAUGUCAUAUAUGCUGCAGUGUUUUCAUUCAUUGAAUUGAAAAAAAAACAUACUGGAAUAUUAAAAAACAGGAAAACAGCACCAUCUGUUGGAGAAUUAACGUCAUGUCACUACAGGAGAGUUGCCAUUUAAAACCCACCCACAAAAAAGCAAAAAUUCAAAGAGUACAGUGUUUUAAUUUGAAAGCUCUGAGCGGAAGUGCAGUGUGCGUACUGUGUGUGCAUGUGCCUGUGCGUGUAUGUGUAUGUGUCGGUACAGGGCGCCACGUCGGCAGAAGCGAUCUGGCUGAGGGAGAAGAAGAAGAAGAAGAAGAUUAUUGCUGCGUGGCGCAGCCCGCAAAGCCAACACAAGUUGGGACAGAAGAAGAGGAAAAAGGUCCGUACAUCGAUGAGCUCCAGAGGCCCGACAGAAGAGCAAAGAACGCCGUCACAGCCGUCACAGGCUUCCCGCUUUGGAGCUCGUCAUUAAUUUAGAGAAGCUGCUCCAGAGUCAAGUUUCUAGCGAAGCCAGGUGUGUCUGAAGCUGAGCCACCAUGGUCAAGAACGUGAAUAGUGUCAACAUGGAGCCCCAGCCUGGGACCAGCGUGGCCUCAGACCAAAUGGAACCCGCCUGCAGUCAGCCCACAGAGGACGCAGCCAAAGACCACGUGGCGCCACAACCCGGCAUGAUGUGGCGUGUGACCGGCGGCCUCUUCAACGUCACUAAAGGGGUAGUGGGCGCGGCAGUGGGCGGAGUGGCCUGGGUGGGCGGCAAAAGCCUGGAGAUCACAAAGUCGGCCGUAACCACGGUGCCCUCCAUGGGGGUGGGGCUGGUGAAGGGCGGCGUCUCGGCCGUCGCGGGCGGUGUCACCACGGUGGGUUCCACGGUGGCCAACAAGGUCCCUUUCACUGCCAAGAGGAAGGAUAAGGCAGAAUGAAUAUGAGGAUGAUGAUGACGACAUGAUCCGCCCUGAGCCAACAAGAGCGACUUCCACAAAGGAUCUGCAGUGCUCUUUCGGUCUUGAACAUCAUGUUUUCACACGGACGUUUUCCAUCAUGUUCAAUACAAGAAAAAUCCAAAUACACCAAAACCACGGCGGCCUCCUCUAAUGUCCUCCGAGGACUUUAAACACCUGACUUCUCGCAGGUUAGACAGACUGGAAGCCCAUCUCGAAACCUGGUGGGCGUGUUGAUGAAUGGUGUGUGUUUGCAGUCCGCACCGACCGCCCCGUAUUCUCUUCAGUCCACACAUUUGGUCAAUGACUUUUAGUCGGGUAUCGAAUGAAAUGUUUUGAUGAGCUUCAGUUUCAGCCUCCACUCUCAGUCUGACCUUUUACGCAACAGAAAAAGCCUUGUGUCAGAAUAACUCGUUUGUAUAAAAACAAACAUAUAUCUACACAUUCAUCAGAAAUGGACUUUUCCCGAACGACAUUCUUGUUGAAAUAUUUUGUUGUGUACAAUCGAUUUCAAAAUGCUGGUUAAGAGUUAAAAAAAUAUGGUCACUUGACUGAAAAAGUGCCUGAUCAGUCAUGAAUUAUUUCAAAAACUCUGCUGUGUGUUAACAUUUUAUAUGAAAUUUCAACACUGGGGGUGAGCUGUUGCUAAUGGGACUUAACAGUGUGAAUGUCUUUUUGUGUUUGUGUUCAAUAAAUCAAUAAAGUAGUUUGAAAGGUAA